CGUGCCCACAAUAUUCUGACCUUGUCAAAAAAAAUUUUUUAAAAAUAAAAAAACUAAAAUUAAUUUCAGGAGUACAAGCUAUUGUUUAAUAACAAAAUAUAAUAGAAGCAGGAAAUUUUUAUUUCAAAUGGAGCAAUAAGUGUUUUUUAUGAUUAGUUCUAUUAGAAAAAGUGCUUGGUGACUAUUGGCGUGAAGGAUGUCGUUAGAUUGGUUACUUAAGACGAGUAUCGUCUUGUUGUUAAUUGGAGGAUUUUGUAUUGAAAAUGUAUUCGGACAAUUUCAAACGUCGCCGCAUAUUAUCGUCUUUAUGGCCGAUGAUUUGGGAUGGAACGAUGUUGGUUUUCACGGAUCAAACCAAAUUCCAACACCAAAUAUCGAUGCUUUAGCGUACAAUGGAAUAAUUUUAAACAGACACUAUGUGCUUCCAUCUUGCACUCCCUCGAGAGCAGCAUUUUUUACUGGAAAAUAUCCUCUGCGAAUGGGUAUGCAGGGUGGCGGGAUUAAGGGCGGAGAACCUAGAGGAAUUCCACUAAAUAUCCAAAUUUUACCUGAGCAUUUACGAGGAUUAGGAUAUGUGACAAGACUUAUAGGAAAAUGGCAUGUGGGCUACCAUACACCCCAACACACACCUUUACAUAGAGGAUUUGAUUCAUUUUUGGGAUAUUAUAAUAGCUACAUUAGUUAUUAUGAUUACAGAUAUUCGCAAGGGAAUAUGAGUGGUUUGGAUCUGCAUCGAGGGGACGUACCAGGUCAUGGAAUGCAGGGUCAAUACGCCACUGACCUUUUUACUGAGGAAGCUCUCAGAAUUAUUGACCAUCACGAUCCACAACGACCUUUAUACCUUCAGAUUUCGCAUUUAGCCGUGCAUGCUCCUCUGGAAGUUCUAUUGGACAAUUUUCACAACAAGGAAUUCGCCCAUAUUCGCGAACCUAACCGCAGAAAAUUUGCAAUGAUGGUUUCUCGUUUGGACGAUUCACUUGGUAGAGUCGUUGCUUCGUUGGGAGAUAAAGGAAUGUUGAAGGACUCUGUGAUUUUAUUCCUCACUGACAAUGGUGCUGCCUCCAUAGGUGAAUUCCGAAACUGGGGAUCAAAUUAUCCUCUAAGAGGGACAAAAUACACAUUAUACGAAGGUGGAGUGAGGGGUGUGGCAGCUCUCUGGUCACCAAGAUUGCAAAAAAUGGCUGUUGUCUCAGAACAAUUAAUUCACAUAACAGAUUGGUUGCCAACUCUUUAUUCGGCAGCAGGUGGUAAUUUGAAGGAGCUGGGAGAAAUUGAUGGAGUUGAUCAAUGGCCAGUUCUCAGUGAAGGUCGUGGAUAUGCCAGAGAAUCUAUUGUACUGAAUAUCGACGAAGUUACAAAAACUGAGGCGGCGAUAAAUAAUCGAUUUAAACUCGUCAGAGGUUCAUUGAAACGAGGAUAUUAUGAUGGUUUUCAUGGAGAAUCUGGACGAAAUAGAGAAGUCCCAAAUUAUAAUACAACAAAAGUGAUGAAAAGUGCUGUUUCUGGAAGCAUUUCAGCUCAUCUUGGAGGACCGGUCACCCAACCGAGCGCGAUGGUUAGUUUGAGACUGCAAGCAACUGUCCAGUGCUUUUCAAAUAGCACGUAUUACUCUUAUCCGAUCCGAAAUACGUUUAUUACUUGUAAUGAGACAGAGUGUCUUUUUGAUAUUAUAAACGACCCUUGUGAAACAAAAAAUAUUGCGAAACAGUACCCUAAUCGAGUUAAGUAUCUGGACAAAUUACUCGAAAAAUAUGGACAGUAUCUUAAAAAACAAGUGAAAUAUCCAAUUCAGUGGAUGGCAGAUCCGAGAAGGAAAAAUAACACUUGGGAACCUUGGUUAACUCCCAAUGCUAUGCUUUAUGCUUACACAAGUGCGGCAUCGAAAAAAAACGUUUUAGCAGCGUUUGCUCAUUUCGGCUUGGUUUUAAUAAUUGCUGGUCUAAGGACUUUUGUCUGACCUAAAAUUAACGGCACGUGUCUUAUCUUUUAGCAAAUAAAUCUUAUCAAAAUUAUGGCUACAUAACUAUAUGAAACUUUAUCAUCCUUGCUACGAUGAACUGCAAUUCUAUAUUUUGAUAAUGAUUUAACAUGUUAUAGUUUAAUAAAUUUAGAUGUUUUUUAUCUGCAUUUUGAUUUAAAAAACUAAAAUCAAAAUUGAUUAAUUUUACGCUUGUUAAGUAAAAU